UCAGCCGUAUCAAUACCACUAGGCAUAGGAUUUGAAGUAAUUCUUGCUUACAAUAUGUCUAAAACAAAAACUACAAUAUGUAAAGAGUUGAUAAAAGAUUACUGUGCUAACUGCACUUUUGCUGGCAUACAUUAUAUUGCGGAUGACAAUAAACAUGUGACUGAGAGGUUACUUUGGCUGGUGCUUGUUAUUUUAUCCUGGUACGGGUCUGCGCUCCUCAUCAUAUCGGCUUGGGAUGCCUUCCGCCAGAGUCCUAUCAGUUUUGGCCUGGAGACAACCUACACAGAAUGGGAAACAAAAAUGCCAACAGUAGCUAUUUGUGAAAUAGCUAACAAUCCGAAAAUAUUCAACGUUUCGGAUACGAUCUGGCCUCCCGGUCAUCUAUUGGACUUAGAAGACGCGCUAAAAGAGAUCGUCUACUUUCGAGGAGUCACCUACGUUCUCGUUGGCACGUGCUACAAAAACCCGGACCCUGACCCCUUGUGCCCUCAGUCCAACUACACAUACUAUGCAAACCUAGUGCGAAGCGACUGCAGUAAGAUUAUAAAGAACUGCACGUAUAACGAUGAAGAGUUUCCCUGCUGCGAAUACUUCCAACCCAUAGAAACAGAUAUUGGACCGUGUUUCAUUUUAAAUUCCAUUCAGACGAAGAAUCCACGGCCAUAUCCAAUGGUAAAUAAUUUGCAAAAUCUGCGAGGUGUCAUUAAAUUCGAUUCCUAUUUGACGACAAUGAUGUAUACUCUUGGAGAGGACGAGGUGCCAACUGUCACCACUCUGCACUCUUCUACAUUAAAACUACAACCUGGCUAUAUUUAUCGACGUAUACUAUCAGUGCGCAAUAUAGAAAACGAUCCCCUGAUUACGGAGACGACGUCGGAGCAGCGUGCAUGCCGGUUCCACCACGAGAACGAAGAUGGCUUGUAUCCUCACUACUCGUACAGUGCCUGCACUGUCCUCUGCCGCAAGAGAGCACAGCUCGAGUCAUGCCAGUGCAACGAUCACUUCAUACUCGGCACCACUGAAGAAACUCGUUGUAAUUUAACGGGGAUGGCUUGUCUUAACACUUUGUCCAGUCAUUUGACUACAUUGAAGCCACCGUGGGCUAACCGUCCCGGACUCUCAUGCAACUGUCUGCCUUCAUGUGAUGAAACUGAAAUUACAGUUAUUAAGGAUGUUUCUAUACCGGUUAAAGGCAAAGGUCAUAAAAAGAAGGCGCGCGUUGAAAUAGUACUCGCUUAUUUGCCCACUGAAAGAUUCAAAAGAAACGUUGUUAGAAGCCGGUUGGAUUUAGUUGUGUCAGUAGGAGGUACAACAGGGCUAUUUGUUGGUGCCAGCUUGUUGAGCUUCGUCGAACUAUUUUUCUUCUUCACCGUUCGUUUCAUUAGUAAUGUCUGGAUGGAGAGGAAGAAGACUGAGAAUGUCCUGGCUGUCAAACCUUCUACAACGCCUAUUACGCACGAAGUAGAAAGCCUUGAAGAAAUUCCCUCAGUCGAUGUUAACACAGAACUGCUACAAGAGGCAUAUGUUACGAGUGGUGUGCCGACAUUGUCACCAAAGAUUAACAAUACUGGAAUCAUCAAAUUAAAGUAAUGUUCUAAUAACUUUCCACAAUUAAUACGGUACGGCAUCAUGACUAUAAAAGCUAGCUAUUGAUUCAGGUCACUUAAAUGUUUAAACUAUUUAUUAGUCUUCUUUUGAAUUUUCAUUCUUAUAAUAAUUAAUGCUUCUGAAAUGCACAGCAAGAUUUGAUGUUGCAAAUAAAAUAAGUAUUAGUAAGGCAGUAAGACCUGUUUCGCCUUCUCUUUAAGUAACAAACCUAUUCUUAACUUAACACUUGAGUACUAAGGUACUUACUACGUUUAAUCUCUGUGUGAAAUUACUUUUUCACUUUCUUGUCUCCUAUAAACACAGUCCUCUGAAUAUAAGUGUGUAAUGGAUGAUA